AUGAGCAGUAUCCAAGGGAAUUUGGCGAAGAUUCGCGCUCUCGAAAAGCACCGUGAAGAGCAGCGAGAGCGCAUGAACGAAUUGUUAGAAAAGAAGAAGAAUAUUGACGUAGAGAUAAAGGAAUUGGAGUUCAUCCUUGAGCAAAUGGACGAAAACUUGGAAUCGUUGGAGGAGCAGUGCAUUGCCCUACAAGUGCCACAACAGCAGCGACAACAGGAUGUGGAAAAAGAGCCUCCAAGAAAUUCCAAUGGAAAUAGAACAUCACGAGAGGACCUGUUGUCCUCGACGCAAGGACUCACUUUGAUCCAUUCGGAUGAGCAAUUGACGGAUCCACUCACCCAGCCACUGGCUCCUCCCAGUAGAAAUUCCGGAGCCCCUCGUGUGUCUUUGGAUGCCCCACCACGCCAUGAUGAUUAUUCUCCUAUCGAAGACGACAACGAAGAUGGCGGCAAAGCAACCCAUUUGGGUACAAGCAUCGCAUCAGCGGCCACAUCUAGAGUCAGCUUUGAACAGCUACAAAUCACUAAUAUUCCACCAAAGAAAAAGAAACCCGUUCCAAAGGGAAGUGGUACCCUGGAUCAUUUCUUGGCCCCGACUUCCAAACCAGCGGCUCUUCCCACGCCGCCCUCCUCGGGACCAAGAGAGGCGUCUGCAAAUAGAAACGCGACAGUGAACCCCGCCUCGGCACAUGCCUCCACAAAACAAUACAGUCACUCCAACUUUCCUUGGUCGGCGCACAUAAAAGAACUUCUGCAGAAUAGUUUCCGCAUAAAGCAGUUUCGGCAGCAUCAAGAAGAAGUCAUCAAUUGCACAUUGUCUGGGAAGGAUGUGUUUGUAUUGAUGCGCACUGGGGGUGGCAAAAGCUUGACGUAUCAACUCCCAGCGCUUUUGGAAGGAAGAGGUCCAAGCAGGAAGGUCACCUUGGUCAUUUCUCCUCUUCUCUCCUUGAUAAAGGACCAGGAAGAUCAAAUGAAUCAGUUUGCACCUGGAAGCGCUGUGAGCUUCACUAGCAACCUUCCUGGCGGCCAAGCCGAACACACCCGCCGCUGGAAUCAGGUGCGAGAUCCACAGAGUGGAGUAUGCUUGAUUCUUGUCACGCCGGAGAAGGUUCACAAGUCCAACAAACUCAAGAGCGAACUGCAAAAGCUGUAUCAACAAAAUCGAUUGGGAAGAUUUGUGGUGGAUGAAGCCCACUGUAGCUCGAAUUGGGGACAUGACUUUAGAACUGAUUAUGGGAAACUUGGGAUCCUUCGAGCCACGUUCAAAGAAGUCCCAAUCUUGGCAGUUACUGCGACGGCAUCCGAGCGUGUCAGACAUGAUGUCUGUGAUAUAUUGCAGAUCUCUCGGCAGUGCUGCUUCUUCAGGAGCUCAGCCGACCGUCCUAAUCUGAAGUAUCAAGUAAGAGUCAAGGGGUCUGCCAGCGAAUGUUUGGACAACAUGGCGGCGUUCAUACACGAUAAGCACCCUGGGGAGCCUGGAAUUAUUUACACUCUGUCGAGGAAGGAUGCAGACACAGUCGCCGACGAACUUUGCGAUCGUGGGAUCGUUGCAGAAUCCUAUCAUAGCGAUGUCAAUCCAACAAAGAAGGAUAUGAUUCAUCAAAGCUGGAUGAGGAACGACACACAGGUGGUGGUAGCAACAAUAGCCUUCGGGCUCGGAAUCAACCACGCGAAUGUCCGCUUCGUCCUUCAUCACUCCAUCUCCAAGACUUUGGAAGCGUACUACCAAGAAUCGGGCCGGGCCGGUCGUGACGGCAACCCAGCCGACUGUGUUUUGUACUUCAAUCCGAAGGAUGCAAUAAGAAUGAUUCAGUUGAUGCAUGGAGAAGGAAACGCAGCGCAAGGAUUUUUUUGGCAAAUGGUGCGGUACGCCCAGGAAGGAUCGGGUGAUUCUGUUUGUCGUUCCGUAAUUCUGAGUGCAUUAGGUGAGGAUGCGGUAGACCUUGAGACGGCCCGGCGAAAGGAUCAGGAGACUGGUACUGCUUUGGUUGAGCGGCGGGAUGUGGGGAAGCACGCCAAAACCGUCACGGAGGUAUUGAAUUCGAAGUUGAAUCAGGGAGAGCAUGUAUCCAUGAGCUCGCUUGUGAAAGAUUGGAGAGCUAAAGGGGACAAUGCACUGCCGUGUGUACAGGAGAAUCCUCCGGCGCCUGAGUUGAGUCCAGAUGAUUGCGAGCGUAUUAUCAUCGGCCUUCUGGUGGAGCGUGUGUUCCAAACGCGAGUGUUUUUCAAUGCAUACGGUUCGAAUGUCUACUUCGAACUCGGACAAUACGGACGGAACAUGCUUUCCUCCAGAGACCCCCACGUGACUCUUGCCUUUCCAGCGCGGUCGGCCGGUAAGAAGAGCACAGGAACUGCCAAGAAGGCGGCGCGCAAGGACAAGGAUGGCUGGAUCACCAAGAAGGCAAGCAAAAAGCCUGCAAAGGGCACAACCAACACAAAGAAGAAAGCCACCACGAAAAAGUCGACGACCAGGAAACGCAAACAGUCGACCACCUCCAAAGGCAGGGCCCCCAAGAAAACCAAGCCCAACGCCUCAAACGAAGUAAUCGAGCUAUCCUCUUCGGAUGACGAAUCGGCAGUCGAAAUGAAACCAUCCGCCGUUGUUUCGAGCAGGGUGUCGUUGCCGAGGGCAGCUCGUGGCAGCACUGCAGCUGCCUCUAUUUGGGAAGAUUCUCCGGACAACAGUGAUGGGGAGUGCGAGUUCGACGGUUAG